AAAGCACUUUGAAGUUUAUACAUAUUCCCUCCAUCAUCCGCUCCAUACUCUGCUGCGUGUUUGAGAGAGAUGGUUGCAGAGAACCUUCUUUCUUCUUCUACUAAGAACUCUCCAUCUCCCUCUCCUAAGUUCAACAACCCCUUCACUACUCGAAUAUUCUCAGAUGUUGCUGGUGAUAUUACGAUCGUCGUUGAUGGGGAGUCUUUUCUGCUUCAUAAGUUUCCCCUUGUCGCUAGGAGUGGAAAGAUUAGGAAAAUGGUUGCAGAUGCUAAGGAUUCAAAUAUCUCAAGAUUGGAGCUUCUCAGCUUACCAGGUGGGGCUCCAACAUUUGAGCUUGCCAUGAAAUUCUGUUACGGCAUGAACUUCGAGAUCACAGCAGCAAAUGUUGCCAGCUUGCGCUGUGCUGCAGAAUACUUGGAAAUGUCCGAAGACUAUCGAGAAGAAAACCUCAUUGAACGAACAGAGAUUUUUCUGAAUCAAGUUGUGGUUCAAAGUCUUGAAAAAUCUGUGGAAGUCCUAUCUACCUGUGAAACAUUACCUUCCAUAGCAGAGGAGGUAGGAAUUCCUAGCAGAUGUGUGGAAGCUAUUGCGAUGAAUGCUUGCAAAGAGCAGUUAGUAUCAGGUUUGUCUCAGUUAGAUUGUGAUGGAGAAUCUGCAGAACUUAAGAGUGGUUGUCUAGAAUGGUGGAUAGAGGAUCUCACUGUGCUAAGGAUUGAUUAUUAUCAAAGAGUUAUCUGUGCCUUGGGACAUGUAGGUAUUCGCCCAGCUAGCAUUGUUGGAUCAUUGAUGCAUUAUGCACAAGUGUCACUGAAGGGAAUUGGGAAAUGUCAUAUCUGGAAUCCGGCUAGAAUGAAACCUAAUCAUGGCAUGGUAGAAAAUGAUCAGAGUACAAUUGUUGAAACUCUUGUAGGCCUUAUGUGUAACGAGAAGAGCUCUCCCAUUCCACUGAGUUUUCUGUUUGGGAUGUUAAGGAUGGCUAUCAUGGUGGAAGCUAAUAUUGCUUGCAGGCUAGAGCUUGAGAGGAGAAUUGCUUUUCAGUUGGAAACGGUUUCACUUGAUGAUUUACUUAUUCCUUCUGUCCGCACUGGAGAUUCAUUAUUUGAUGUCGAUACUAUCCAUCGGAUUUUGGUGAAUUUCCUACAGCGGAUUGAGGACGAAGAAAAUGAAGAUUGUGGGUAUGAAUCUGAAGGAAUUGGAUCUCCAAGUCAUGCUUCUUUAUUAAAUGUAGGGCGCCUUACUGAUGCGUAUCUAGCAGAAAUUGCUCCAGAUCCUUAUUUGAGCUUGCAGAAGUUCAUUGCUUUGAUUGAUAUACUGCCUGAUUAUGCCCGUGUUGUUGAUGAUGGACUCUAUAGAGCAAUUGACGUAUAUUUGAAGGCUCAUCCAACGCUAACUGAAGAAGAGUGUAAGAAGCUCUGCAAGUUCAUCGACUGCCAAAAGCUCUCACAGGAAGCAUGCAAUCAUUCUGCACAGAAUGAUCGGCUCCCAGUACAGAUGGUAGUCCGCGUUCUCUAUUUUGAGCAGCUCCGAUUGAAGAAUACAAUGUCCGGAAGUUCUGGAGAUGGCUUAUUCUCACAAAGAAUGAGCAGUGGGGUCCCAAGUGCAGCGAUGUCUCCUCGAGACAAUUAUGCCUCUUUGAGAAGAGAAAACCGAGAACUUAAACUUGAGAUCUCUAGAAUGCGAGUGAGGCUCAGCGAGUUGGAAAAGGAGCAGCUAUUUAUGAAACAAGGGAUGAUGGAUAAGUCAGGUAAUGGAAAAACUUUCUUCACUUCACUCUCUAGGGGGAUUGGAAGGAUCGGCAUAUUUAGCAGUCCAUCUGGAGGAAAACAGCAAAAGACGGGGCGGAAAUCUCGCGGAUCAGAGGGGAAGAAAGGUAGGAGUAGAAGGCAUUCUGUUUCCUAGAUUAAUUUUUGGCAUGCAAUCUGUAUCAUAGCAUGGCGGCAAUCAAGAGGUUAGUGCUACAAUGUACCAAAAUGCAGCACGACCUAACUCUUUAUUUUGGAGAAUCAUAAAAUCCUAUAUUUGAUUCUUGUUGAAAUGUCUGAAAUCCACUACCGUUUUAGCUAAAUUAUAUUUAAAAACUAGUAGUGAAAAAUCCAUUCUUCAUUUUUAUAA